AUGGCCCUCGCGAACCGCGGCGGGCUGCCGGACGCGCUGGGAGCCGGGGGCGUCCAGUCGCGGCUGCCCGCCGGCCGGGGGAUCUACGCGGCGGAGCGGCGGAAUGGCGGCGGCUUCACGAGGUCUGUGGCGCUGGGGCGGUCGGGGCCGGCGGCUGCGGGGAUCGCCGUGUCGGCGGCGCUGACCACGGACAGGGUGACAGCACCCAAGAGGCAGGCGUUCGAGCAGAAGGUGACCACGGCCCCCGCCGUGACGCAGACCUCCGCCGGCCGCCGCCUGCCCGCCGAGUUCUACCACCUGACCGACCCCGAGGCGGGCGUGCAGCUGCCGCCGCACCACCGCGUGGACCUGCGCCUCCUGGACAACAGGGAGCUCGAUAAGCUGGUGUCUCAGCUGGGCCGGAACAAGGCCACUUGGAGGCGAGCGCUGCUGCUGCACGAGUGGCUGGUCGACGCGGGCCACAUACCUGACGACAGGCUCUGCACGACGCUAAUCCGCGUUUGUGGACAGCAUGGCCAGACUUUCAGUGCUUUGGGCGUGUACGAAUGGAUGAAGGCUCUCCCUGAAGAGGGUGGCGCUGGGCUGUGUCCCUCUGUGUACACUUACACAGCGGCGAUGCGUGCUGCACUUGCAGGCAACGUGCUCGAAAAGGCUCUGCAGAUAUGGAAUGAUGUGGAGGAUUCACGUUGCCAACCGGACAGCCGUCUGUGCACAGCAUACAUCGAAGUCUGCACACGGCUUGGACAGAUGGAAAAGGCGUUGCAGAUGUACCAGAGGAUGAGGGGUGCGCCGGCAAACUCGAAAAUGGCGCCAACCGUGCAUGCAUACACAGCUGCCAUGAGGGCGGCCACAGAAGGCGGCAAGUGGCAAAAAGCUCUGGAGAUCUGGCAGGACAUGGGUUCUGCUGGAGUUGAAGCAUCAGGCCACGCCUUUGCCGCAGCCAUCAGUGCAUGUGCGGCCGGUGGGGACUGGCAGCGUGCCUGCAGCCUGUUUGAACAGAUGCUGCAGUGCGGAAUCCAGCCAGACGUCGUGUCCUGCACUGCCCUCAUCAGCGCCCUGGCCACUGGCGGCCAGUGGCAGCAGAGCGAGCAGGUGGUGAGCUGGAUGCUGCAGUCCCAGGUGCGGCCCAAUGUGCGCACAUACACCGCCCUCCUGAACGCCCUGGGUCAGGCGCAGCAGUGGCAGAGGGCCAUCAUGCUGCUGAGGCGCAUGGCCGAGCCCGAGUUCGGCGGUGUGGAGCCGAACGCCUACUGCUACAGCGCCCUUGUGAAGUCGCUGGGGGAGCAUGGGCAGUGGGAGCUGGCUGAAAAGGUGUUCACAGACCUUGAGGCGGAGGCGUUGGGCCAGAGGGCCUUGAGGGGUCAGUCCAUGGACGGUUUGAGCGGCUUUUGCAACCUCCCUUGCGAGAAACUGGCCCAUGGGCUCACCAGCAGGAUGGAGACCUGGAGCCUGGGCGCGCAGCCCCUUGGUUCAUUCGAACAGGCGCCGAACUCUGCCCGCAGCAACCCUGGCGUGUGGAACAGCCCGUCGGAGCUGCAUGGCAUCAACGUCGUGGCUUCGCGCCUGGCGCAGCAGCUGGGGACUGGCACCUCCGACGAGGGCUUCAGCUUCUUCAGCGACCAGGCGUCGCUGUCGAGCAUCCCCCUCGUGAACCAGAUGCCGGAAGCGGUGCUGCAAUUCGGGCAGCAGCACAGCAGUGCUGGCGGCGUGGCGAGCCUCGUGGAACGGAUCAGCCAGCUGAACGUGGGGCAGGACGAGCCAAGCAGCAAUGGCCGCAAGGGUUCGAGCCGCCCGCGCUAUGGCAAGAUAAACGAAGUCGUGUGCGGGGCGUUAAUGAUGUCGUACAGCAAGGCGGGCAAGUGGAGCGAGGCGGUGAACGUCCUGGCACGCGCGCGGCGGCUGGGCAUACGGCCCAACACUGUGAUGUACAACUCUGCCAUAUCGGCUGCAGGCAAGAGCGGCCAGCUGGACGUGGUGGAGGCGCUGUUCCGUGAGGUUCCGGAGCCUGAUGCCGUUACCUACGAGACUGUGAUCGCGGCCUACGGGAUGGCGGGAGAUGUGGACAAGGCCGAGGGCACUUUUCAGCAGAUGGUUGACGCCAGGAUGCAGCCGCGCGACUACGCCUACUGUGGCCUGAUCGCUGCGUACAGCAUGGCGGGGGACUGGCAGUCCGCGUUGCAUGUUAGGACGCGCAUGCAGCGCGCGGGCAUCAACCUGACUGUGCACGUUUACAAUGCGUUGAUCGCGGCCUGCGAGCGCUGUGGCAGGUUCGAUCACGCCCUGCAGCUGCACAAGUACAUGGAGGCAGAGGGCGUGGAGCCCAACAAUGUGACGGUGACGCUGCUGAACUCGGUGGGCAAGCAUGGGGUGCGUGCAGUAGAGCACCAGCAGGCGGCUGCCACUGCGCUGUCUGCAGCGGUCGCAGCGGCAGGUGCGCUGAUGAUCCAGGCCGGUGCAUUCUGA